AUGUUUGUUGAUCUUCAUCCUGUCCCUCAGACCAAUCCCAAGAAGCUUAGUGGUCGCUUAUCGUACCUGUACGUAUUCGUGCGACUAGAAAUUGCUCAGAAUCGCCAAAACUUGCUCCAAAUACGGGAAAUUGCCAAAAAGUUGCCGAGCAACUUGUGGAAAGGCGUCCCUGAUUCAGAGAAUCGACCCUCACUGCGUCCUCUUCUCUACUUUCUUGUACGAACGAUUGCUCUUGACUGUAUUGUUCAUAUAUCCUCCAAGGGCACCAAUACUAACCCAAAGUUUUUAUAUCUAAUCGCUACCGAUGUCUCGCACUAGAUUUAAGUGCAGACGUUUUCGUGAACCUCCGUUGCAGUGUUUCGGUUUUUGUCGCCUAGAAGUCCAGGUGGCGUGGACGUUUAGGCGACAAAAUGCUUUUAUUUUCAUUCUAGAUNAUAUCCUCCAAGGGCACCAAUACUAACCCAAAGUUUUUAUAUCUAAUCGCUACCGAUGUCUCGCACUAGAUUUAAGUGCAGACGUUUUCGUGAACCUCCGUUGCAGUGUUUCGGUUUUUGUCGCCUAGAAGUCCAGGUGGCGUGGACGUUUAGGCGACAAAAUGCUUUUAUUUUCAUUCUAGAUCGUUCAACAAAAAGAAGACUUAGGGGCGGUGAAAAACCGCAAACUGAGCUUGCCUUGUCAAUCCGAGUACAAGACCGACCUUUGAGGAAUCAUGAUUUCAUCUCUCCAGCAAGAUAGCGUGGAAAUCCUGGAGAAAAAAGCACUUAUGUUCGUCUUAACACGUGGACAUGGUUUGCUGGUCUUAUCAGGUAAGAGAUUUUACAAAGCGAUCUUUUUAUCGUAGGUGGACGGCUAGGGCCUUCCCCUCUUUAGCUCAUCACCGAUGAAUAACGUGAGCUAGAUCAUAGUGAAGGAUCGAUAUAUUUGCUGUUUUAAGUGACUUCAUUCUGUGUUGAAGUAAUUUUUUGGUGCCCUCACCCACAAAAUGCAACUGCAGAUUUAUGAAGAUACCAAACAAAUUACACCAGGCAGCACCGUAACCACAAUAUUUUUUUGGUGAUUUUUGCAGCUGCUCGGAAGAGAAGUCACCAGUGGUGCGUUUCCCUGACCCCAAACAAUACUAAAACAAUUGGAAGAAUGACGAUAGCUUGGACUAUAGACCUUGUCACGGGUUUGGAGACCAUUUUUUGACGAGUAGGCAGAAUCUAGUGUCGAAUAGUUUCCGUAAAACGGCUGUUCUGAAAAAAAAAAAUGAAUUGUAAACUAAAGCUGUACACAGUAAAGGAUCAUACUAACAAAUUUUGGGGGCCUUAACUGUGCUUAAAUUUCUCCAGACGCUAACUCGCUUUAGAUUUUCCAUAAAUUUGUCUGCAAUUUUUCCCGGGAAAUUUUAGUCGGUAGGAAGAGAAGUUUUUACAGACAAAUGUAUAGAACAUUUUGAAUAGUGGUUGUAGCGUAUGUAGCUGCAAGUAACGCCCUCAAAUGUUUUCAUUAGAUUCGUUAGGAGUGAAGCUUUAGUUUACAAUUAAUUUUUUUUCAGAACAGCCAUUUUACAUGAAGUUAUUCGACAUUAGAUUCUCAUACAAACACUGUAAUUUCUCACGCGGUUGCCAACUCGUCAAGAUGGCUUCCAAAACCGUGACAAGGUCUAUUUGGCCAACAACUGACCGUUCACAGUAAAGUUCAUAGGAACAAUUUAGGGACACAUUUCGGCUACAGUCCCCUUCUCUUUCCGGAAAGUGGCGAAUAACGAACUACAAAACGCUGAUAGGCCUGCUGAGUCAGGGUUUCUUCUUGAGCGCGGCCUUGCGGGAUCUCCGCAAUUUGGAAAAAAUGCCGCAUAAAAUUUACGUUGCCGCGUCAAAUGGGGCGCCGAAAAAUCAGUACUUUUUUUUUAAACAAAGUAUUCGAAAACAUCACUGACAACAACACUGAUUUUACGGCUGCUCUAUAAACUUGCUUUGGACUUUUAAAGCCUCUUACUGUCUCAGUUGCCUUUCUCUUCUUCGUUUGAGUCAUAAUUUCACCAGGCAAACAUCCGGGAUUCUGCAGUAAUUCGAGCCCAGGCUUUUUCAGUUGCCCAGAAUGUUCCAAAAUGGCGGCAAAGCGUCCGGCGAGUCCGACCCAUGUAGAAAGUCAAAAGUCUCCAAAAUCACUUGCUAGUUUUUUGGAUUUGGUGUCCCCUUUCUUGGACCCCUUUCUUGAAAAAGGGCCCCUUAAAAUUACAGAAGGGGGCCCAUUUGACCCUCAUUGGUUAGUUUCUGGAAUAAACCCUGCUAGUUAGUCCUCCUUUUCCGGCAUGGUGGGGCUAAAGAGGCUUGCUCUAAAAGCACAUGUAGUGAACCAUUCCACCUCAUUAGAGACCUUUAGAUUUGAGGGGGAGAGCGACUACGAGAUUUGACUUAAAGCUUUGUCGAGUAUUGUGUAGUUCCAGAAGAUAACCAUACCCCACCACGGAGGGGGUUGGGGGGUCUAAAGAAAAAAGGCGUUACGAUGUCUCGCACUAGAUUUAAGUGCAGACGUUUUCGUGAACCUCCGUUGCAGUGUUUCGGUUUUUGUCGCCUAGAAGUCCAGGUGGCGUGGACGUUUAGGCGACAAAAUGCUUUUAUUUUCAUUCUAGAUUGUUCAACAAAAAGAAGACUUAAGGGCGGUGAAAAACCGCAAACUGAGCUUGCCUUGUCAAUCCGAGUACAAGACCGACCUUUGAGGAAUCAUGAUUUCAUCUCUCCAGCAAGGUAGCGUGGAAAUCCUGGAGAAAAAAGCUCUGAUGUUCGUCUUAACACGUGGACGUGCUUUGCGGGUCUUAUCAGGUAAGAGAUUUUACAAAGCGAUCUUUUUAUCGUAGGCGGACGGCUAGGGCCUUCCCCCCUUUAGCUCAUCACCGAUGAAUAGCGUGAGCUAGAUCAUAGUGAAGGAUCGAUAUAUUUGCUGUUUUGAGUGAAUUUAUUCUGUGUUGAAGUCAUUUUUUGGUGCCCUCACCCACAAAAUGCACCUGCAGAUUUAUGAAGAAGAUAUCAAACAAAUUACACCAGGCAGCACUGUAACCACGGAAGAGAAGUCACCAAUGGUGCGUUUCCCUGACCCCAAACAAUACUAAAACAAUUGGAAGAAUGACAUGUCAAUAG